AUGUCAGUCUAUAUAUUUUACCUCUUUCAGAGUUCAAGGCUGCAUUUUAUUGGUACUUGGAGAAACCGAUAUCGUAAGAGAUUUCCCAGCUUGUCUAAUGGGAUUACAUCUGGAGUUUCUGGUCUCUACACUACGGGUUCCAGUCCCAAAACUGCUGUAGCGAAUGAGAAGAAUGUUGUGAUACACAUCGACAUGGACUGCUUCUUCGUUUCAGUAGUCAUCAGGAACCAUCCUGAGUUACAGGGAAAACCUGUUGCUGUCUGUCAUUCAGAUAAUCCCCGUGGUACAGCUGAAAUCUCAUCAGCCAAUUAUCCGGCCCGAGAAUAUGGAGUGAGGGCAGGGAUGUUUGUGAAAGAUGCGAAGAGUAGGUGCCCUCAGCUUGUAAUUGUUCCAUAUGACUUUGGAGCUUAUGAGAUGGUGGCAGAUCAAUUUUAUGACAUUCUUCACAAUCACUGCAACAAAGUGCAGGCUGUGAGCUGUGAUGAAGCAUUCUUAGAUGUAUCUGAAUCAGAAGUGGGGGACCAUGAUCUUUUAGCCUCGAUAAUCAGAAAGGAGAUUCUUAAUACUACAUGA